CAGCCCCCGCCGGCGGCCUUCAGGCCUGUCUGAGGGGCGGAUUGGUGUGACCCUCCUCUCCCUACACCCCCCGGGCCCUGCCGGAGAUGUCUGGGGCGAGGGAGAAGAAGCGGGCCAAGAGGAUGAGGAACCAGCCGGCCAGCGUCACCCUUCCCGCAGAGCCGGGGCCCUUCUCCGGCGGCGGGAGCAGAGCCUGCCCGCCCGCAGGAGAUGUUCGUUCUGAGCAGCAGUAUCAGCAGCAGAAAUUUUCGAAUCAGUCAUCUGGGCCUUCUUACAGGAAAGACCACUAUUUUCCAAAAGGGCAAAAUAGAGGAGAGAGAGGCAGAGGAAGAGGAGGAUGGCAAGGAGGACGCCAGAGUGUUUCUGAAGAAAUGCCAAAAUACAUAACAGUUCUUUUCAUUCCAGUGUCUACCUUUGCUCAAGCUCGUGCUGCUGAGAUCAAUGCCAUGUUGAAAGCAGUUGCGCAGAAGUCUUCAAACUCUCUAGUUUUCCAGACUCUACCUAGGCACAUGCGAAGGCGAGCUAUGAGUCACAAUAUUAAACGCCUACCCAGGCGGCUCCAAGAGAUUGCCAGGAAAGAGGCGGAGAAAGCUGUACAUCAGAAAAAAGAACAGUCAAAGACUAAAUGUCGCAAAGCUAGAAGGCGCCACAUAAAUUUGGUAGCAGAGUUUAAUCGCAGGCAAAGAAAGAAUAUUUGGCUGGAAACACAUAUUUGGCAUGCAAAGAGAUUUCAUAUGGUAAAGAAGUGGGGAUACUGUUUAGGAAAUAGCCCUACGGAGAAGAGCUACAGGGCUUGUUACCGAGCCAUGACAAAACACUGCCUUCUUCAGGAUUUAUCAUAUUAUUGUUGCCUGGAGUUGACUGGUAAAGAGAAUGAGCUUCUGAAGCAACUUGCUCGAAUAUGUAGCAUUGACACAGGAUUAACAUUUGAAGAGGCUUGUUGUCUGUCUGGAAGAUUCGAGGGUUCUCUGAAUCUUUACCGAGCAGAUCGCUAUCCUGACAAUAUGCUUGGUCCUGUUACAUUUAUUUGGAAGCCCAGGGAUGGGUCUGAAAACAGACAGUUGUGGAUCUGGAUGCAUCCAGCUCUCAAACAGGACAUACUGAGAGAGUUAAAAGCAAUUUUUCAGUGUUCAGAGCCUGAAGAAAUCUCUAUUCCUGAGCCUGUUACAACAUCAAUUCAAGAGGAAAAACAAAUGGAUGUUGUUCUAAGCCUUGGCAAGAAAAGAAAGAAGGAGGAUAAAGAAGGAGAAAAAGCUGUGCCAGUGAAAAAAAUAAUUGGUGAUGGCACUAGAGAUCCAUUCCACUCCUACUCUUGGGUCUCACAGACUACUGGCAUUGUGAUCAGUGACAGAACCAUGGAGAUUCUCAGAUACCGGCUUAUUGGCCCAUUAUCACACUCCGUCCUUACAGAGACCUUGAAAGCUGCUUCUGUCCAAACAGAGAUGGCGGAUUCAGAGACGGAACUGAAUAACUGGUGGGUAGAAAACUGCAAGGACUCUGAAAAAGUAUCUCUUCAUCAACGUCAAAGUGCUGUCUUUGAGCUAUUAGAAGGAAUAAGUUCACCAUCAGAAAUGCCACCAGGUACAAUACUGGGCCUCACUGUUGGAGAUCCUCGAGUCAAUUUGCCAAAAAAGAAGACAAAAGCCAUGCCAGACUUUGAAAAAUACCAAGAUAAUGAUAAAGUUAGGCAGCUGUACCUGGAGGGUGUACCUGUAGACUGUGCUCACAGCUUUAUCUGGGACCAGGACAUCUGUAAGAACGUCACUGAAAAUAAAAUCUCAGAGCAGGAUUUAAACCAUAUGAGAGCUCAAUUACUGGUACCUGGAUCACACCUUGAUUUGGGUCCUUGUGAAUCUAAGAUUCCCAUACUGUUGGUGCAGCAGCCAGGGAAAAUGGCUGGAGAAGAUCGACCAGGAUGGGGGAGUGGCUGGGAUAUCUGUCUCCCAAAGGGCUGGGGCAUGGCUUUCUGGAUUCCUCUUAUAUAUCGAGGUGUACGAGUCGGUGGCUUGCAAGAGGCUUUAAAGCAUUCUGAAUAUCAAAGAACACCUCACACUCCAAAUGAUUUCCCAGACUGCCAGGCAGGAAUGCAGUUUGCUAAAGAACUGGAAACCAGUCUUCUUGAAAAAUUCAAACGACGUCCACCUGCAAAAAGGGCAAAUUAUGUCAAGCUGGGUACUCUGUCCCCUUUCGUCUGUCCUUGGGGGCAGCUGACAAAGAACUGGGAAGGAAGAAUGAAAGCUUCAGGAGAAUUUGUACGUCCUUCUUCACCACACCCUGAGUGCUGUGCAACUGAAGGGCAUAGCUUUUGUGACCCCAAAGCCGAAGUGGUCAAAGAAGCUUCCCCUGAGACUGGUGAGGUAGAGGAGACCAUGGAAAUAACAAGCUCUGAAGGUGCCCUGAAGACAGAGGAUGUUACAGGCACCCAAGACUUCGGUGAGAGAGAUGAAACUAUGACAAGUGACUUUAUUGUUCUCAGGAGCGAGAAACUACUAAUGCAGUUAUCAGCCUGGUGCUAUCCCACUGCUGGAAAAGAUCGGCGAGUCCGCCUUGUUUCUCGACUGGGACAGAAGGAAAUGACUGAAGAUGUCUUUUUGCCAAUCUUGAUGAGCUAUCCAAGGGCUCUCGUAUGGGUCAACUUGUCUCUCUUGAGAAAGGGGAACCCUGAAUUACAUGCCAUGAUUUGCAUCCCAACAGAAGACGACUUGCUGCAUCUAAGCAAGGACAAACUCUUCUGUGGUCCUCAAGAACCCAAACAUCGUGACAUACUCAAGCACAAAGUACAGAAACUAAAAGAGGAGGAGAAGAAGAAGAAGAAGAAAAUGGGUAACACGAAGGCUCUAGAAGGUGACCCUCCAAGCGUUCCAGAUAAAGAAACAACUGAGGAGCAUGAAGACCUCAUUCUCGGUCUUUGGUCAGAUGCUCUCCCAGAUGUUACUUCCCACUGCUCCAGAACUCUCUUGGGAUAUGUCACUCGAGGGGAUUUUUCAUUGGCUGCAGGCUGUGGAGAAGCACUGGGUUUUGUUAGCUUGACAGGGUUACUUUAUAUGUUACACAGCCAGCCAGCAGAUAAAAAAGGGCUCGUUUUGUUAAGAACUCCAGCAUCUUUACAGUACAGAUUUGCAAGACUUAAUAUUGAGGUUUAAGUAUCAUUGCAAUGCAGUAGAAUGCCAAAAAUACCAAAGAAUGUCUGUUUUGUCUUCUGUGGCCUUUCUGAUAUGUCUCAAAUUUGAGGUGAUUCUGAGCCCCAACAACAUCUUGAGGAUUAUGAAAUUAUGAAAUUAAAAAGCUUUGUAGCAUUAUUCAUGAAAAUAACUAGUGCAUAAACAGACCUACUGUUACUUUUGAUGCCUGCAUUGCUAAGCAUUUCUAACAGUAACGCAUCCAUUAUCAUGAUCUUUAUCUCUAAAGAAGCGUAUUGUUCAUUUUUCACCUCAGCACAGUGGAUGCUAUAACAAUACACAGAAAAUUAUUAUUUUCCUUUUAGAAGCCUUUUGGUCAGAUGGAUUGUAACUUUCCAGUGUACUUUCACAUGUAACUGCAUGCGAUCUGGACCAGUGUAUAUAGCAAGUGGCUUUUCCCGAUUCCUUGUGACUGAAUACAUGUGGCUGCAGUGGAACAGAGCUAAGUAGAGAGACCUAGCACAGAAAGCAGAAGCGUACUUACUGUGGUGGAAAAGCUCUAUGCUUAAAUGAAAUGCAAAUAAAAUAUAGCCCAGCUAUAUAGUCUUGAAUUAUAGCAACUGGCACUCUUAAAUUGGAAAGCAUAUCAGUCUCUCUCUCUAGUCUGAGAGAGAAAACACUAUUUUUGAAAGGUAAUAAGCCUUUCAGAUGCAAAUUGCUGUUGGUGGGUCAGCAUACGUUUUCUGUUAAUAAUAGGGGAUAUUUUGGUUCCUUAAAACACGAGAUUAUUUUUGUAUGGAAUGUGCUAGGAUUGAAGGUUUCUUCAUGUUACAGCACGGUUUAUGAAUGUUGUUCAAACAGUCAUAAAACUUGUAAAGUAUGCUGGGGGGUGAGGGGAGAAAGGUGUUUGAUUUGACGGGCAGUGUGGGUGGGUUGGUUGGUUGAUUUUGGUGUUUCGUUGGGGUUUUUUUAAUGAUAGCCUUAAGUUUCUAGCCAUUCUUAAGUGGCUUGAAAACGAGUUUACAAUAAUACACUGUAGUUUAGUAGCAGCAUGAUACAAAUAUGUGCCAGUUGGUAAAAUUACCCUGAAAUGAUCAUGUACAAAUAAAAAUGAUU